CAGAGGGACCAGAGGUCAGAAGGAUCAGGGCGGAGUCUUGUCACUGUUUCCCGCAGAUAAAUGAUUGCGCUUAUAAUUUAAGAAUCAUCGCUCAGAGCAUCCAGUUGGAUCAGGAGUCAGGACUCUCAGCGGAGAGGAUUUUAUCUGUGCUGUGGAUUAAAAUGGGUCCCGAGCAAAGCGCGCGCUCUCUGCUGGACGCCGCGCUCAGAAACGCGCUGAGCAGUAUCGUGACCUCUCGAGCCGUGCCCGCAGGAGCUGUGCUCGGUCCCUGUGCUGUUACACACACCUCUCUGUGGGACAGCGUCGCGUUCAUCGCCUGCAAGUGCGCGGACAGACGCGCUACUGCCUGCGUGCUCCAGAUCGACCCAUCAGCGGCCAGCGAAUGUCUGCAGAUGAUUCAGGCGGCUAGGAGCGCAGAGGAACAAAAUCUAGAGGCGUUUAUGAAGAACGGACAUCUAUGUUUCAGAGCCAUAAAGGAUAUUCCUGAAAACACUGAGCUUUUAGCUUGGUAUGGGAGAGAUCUAGCCAAACUGCUUGGUCUUAGCACAAAGAAAACACAAGGUUUCGCUUGCUCUGAAUGCAAACAGAGCUUUCUCUUUGAAUUCCCUUUAUUGGCACACCAGAGAUUUUUCUGCACGGAGAAACCUACAUGCUUUCCGCAGAAACUCACCAUCCCAGAAAUCCAUCCACUGAGUAGCAAACCUACCACGGACUUCCACAAUUUAGCGCGAGAGCUGGAGAAUUGCAAAAAAAAUCGACCCGUAGAUGCGAAGAGCAGUAAAAGAAGACGUUCUCUUGAAUCAGACACAGAUGAGAGUGACGGCGAACCGUCAUCUUUCGACAGCCAUGGAGAUGAAAAGGUAUCCGUGAAAAGGUUUUGUGUUAAUGGAGUGAAUAGACAUUCCUGGUCGUCUGCCAGCAAACAGUCUUUCAGCAAGGGCCGUAAUUCUCAGUGCAGCCCAUCACAAAGCCAUGACAACAGCAGGACAGACCCAGACAGGCAGGAUUUAAAGCCUAUUACAAUAGCAGCCAAGCCUGCAUUCUUCACUAGAGGGACGUGUGAUGUUCCACGUGACAAGAACAGGAAGAGCGCGUUCACGCAACCUCCACGCACCACACCACAUGUCCCACUGAUGCCAGCCAGUCUUCCCAUCUACACCACCCCUAACCAGACAGCUAUCCUCCCCAGAUUUAUACCACUCAACCUCCAGGGCUCUGCGUUGCUAUAUAAGGACCUUCCCAAACUGUCUCUUCCUCCCAGCGCAAACCUUUGGCCCAAGACCUCCCGGCUGCAGCAAGCUCGCGCUACGCCUUUGCAGACGCUACUGCCUCCCUCUCUAUCUUCUCUUGGUCUACCUCUGCAAAACUGGUGUGCUAAAUGUAACAUUUCUUUCCAUAUGACAUCUGACCUGGUGCAACACAUGAGGUCCCACCACAAGAGGGCGACGACGGAUGAGAAGCAGCCGAGGCACAAGGACGAGAGGCUGAAGUGUCCGAUAUGCAAGGAAGCGUUCAGAGAGCGUCAUCACCUGUCGCGUCACAUGACCUCUCAUGCAUAAGUUUGUGGUGAAAAAAAAAAUUUCUGU